CGCCGAUGAAGAUACAUUUAACGGAAUCUGACUGGGUUGGAAAUGACAGCUGUUAUGUUUUGGCUUGUAAUUGAAAUAGAAGUUACCGUCUCUCUGUGUUCUGUGUCUUGUUGAUGCACAUUUCAUCUAGCAAUCACUUCCAUAUAUGUAUGGUUCUUAAGUUUCUCGAUGUAAAGUGUUCCCUGACUUAUUCUCACAAUUUCCAGUGGUGGGAUGAAUGGAUACAUUUGCAUCGACCAAAAUCCUGUCUGGCCUAGGGAAAUUUGUUCACCAAUUAAUUGCUGGCCGGCACUUGCAAAUAUUGGAGUCAUGUAAGUUUCUGGAUCUGAUGAACUGGUAUUUUUCUGUACAUAUUACAUAACUAUUGUUUGAUUCUCCUCUGACACUUGUAACAGAACUGUCUUCUACAAGUAUCCUCCAUCUCAUCGUCACAUUUCUAACCUACCAGAAGGGGUGAUCUUGCCUGACAAGGUGUGUAGUGUGGAGGACAUUUAAUGUCUUGUCUUUCUUUGUGUUCAGCUUAGGUUAAGUUAGAUUUUGACUUGAGGUUUUCUUUGCUGUCAGUCUGUGAGCAAGAAGGAUAUCGUACCUCCACAAGUUUCUCUGUAUGAUGGAGCAUCUUUCCUUCUGUGUUCUAGAAAGUAAGUAACUCAAAUGUCCAUUUAUGCAAGUAAAAGGAUAAGCUAAAGUCCAUUGGAAUUACUCAUUUUCAUUUAUUACAACAUCUGUUUCUGUUCCCACUUCGUAUCUAUUUCUAAUGUGUGCAUUUGAAAGCCUAAUGGUAGCCAGGAUUCACUUAUAUUAGCUCCAGUGAUGGUACCCUUUGUGUUGACAACAGAUAGGCCAUUUGCUAAUUUUUUGGUGUUUGACUGAUGCUUCUGUUCUUCAUAUCUGUUGUGUCCAUUUUGAAGCCUGAUGGCUGCCAAGAUUCAUUUCAUUCCCUGUUUUAACAUUAUAUAUGCCAUUUACUAAGUUUUGGUGUUCGACUGACUAAUGCUUCUUUUCUGCUUAGAAAUUAGAUUGAACAGAUUGGUUUUGCAGUCAUUGGUGCCCUCAUGUCUUUACUACCAAAUAAGAAUGCUGCUCUGUGUGUUAUUUCUGGCCGAGAUCUUGUUCCUUCUAUUGUUUGUUUGCUAAUAUUGAACUAUUGUAUUGUAGGUUGAUGCCAAAGUCUGUUUCUGGACCUAAACUAUCUAGGUUCGCACAUCAACUUGUGCUAUUGCACAUUGCGGCUAACACCAAAGGGGACAAGAGGACCUCAUCGUCUCUUUUCUCUGAAGUCGUAGAUGGUAAAAUUGCUUCCCCAGGGAUGAGCAUGGUGAGAGAAGCAUAUAAAAUCAUUGGACAGGGAGCUGAAAUCACUACGGUAACACAAAUUCAAAACAAGAAAAAGAAGAGGAUAUCCAAGGAGGAGAAACAGAAUGAUGUUGCUGGCGGUCACCCUCAAUCUGGCCAAUUAUCUUUGGUAUCUGUUGGUGAAAUCACGACGGUAACACAAAAUCGAAAGAAGAGAAAGAAGAGGAGAUCCAAGGAGGAGAAGCAGAAUGGUGUUGCUGGCGGUUACCCUCAAUCUGGCCACUUAUCUUUGGCGUCUGUUGGGUCACUUGACAGUAGAAGAAGAAUGGGCGCUAGUGUUGGUGAGGUUGAAGGGGAACUGCGUCCUGAAGUCAACUCUGAACAAGGAGCAAGGAUAUCCCAGCAGCAGUUCAAACAGGACGAGAAUAGUGAUGUUAGUGCUGGUGAGAGUGGUCGGCUGCUGGCCCCUUGCACUCUCAGGGAUGAAUCAGUAGGUAUCAAUGUUGUUGCAGAUGGAGGUCAUGCGAAGGAUGAUCUUGAAUAUCGUGAGCAUGGAAACAUAGAUGAAAUACAUAAUGCAGAGCCGAGCAGCAAGAAAAGGAGAAAGAAGUCCAAGAAAAGGAGGCGUGUUGAAGAAGUCAACAAUGAAGAAACUACUGAGAUAUCGGAUAUCAGUGCCAUGAAAGAAGUAGAAGUAGUAUGCGAUUCUGAGGGUAAAGAAUCUGCAGUUGUUUCACGUGUUGGCAGAUCAGACAGUGGCAGAACUGUCCUGUUAUGGGAAGAAAUAAGUGAUGCUCAUGCUCAUGUGAACAAUAAGGCGGUGGAUGUGAAUGUAACACCAGGGAUCAUCAGCGGCAGGAAAAGGAAGAGAUAUCAUGCACCCGGGCUGAAAUGCCCUGAUGCAGCAGGUAAGGCGGUGGAAGCAGUUGAACCGACAAGUGACAAAAGAAAGAGGGGACGGUCCAAGGAGAAAACUCUUUGUAGCGAAGAAACUAAUAUUAGCUUUGGGAAAUUAGAGGAGAACAAUGCCAUCAUGAAAGAAGCUGCUGUGGACCAACUGCUAGAAAAACGUUCAGCUGAUGAUAUAUCAGAGAGUCGCUGCAACGCGUUUACUCUUAACAAAUCAGGAGCUGGCAUCGCGGGGGAGAACCCAAGGGAAAGCGAAGGAGUUCAUGUCGGUGAUGGUGGAGUGAUGGAAGCAGCAGCGGAGAUGGCCCCCUACUGAUAGAAAGAGGGAAAGGUCAAAGAAGGGGAUUGUUGAAGUCGGCACCAACAAGAACACCACUUAUAUCUAGGCGAAGGAGAGCCUUAUCUUCAAUCGAAGGGUAUGACGUGAAAUAUCAUGGAAUGCCCUAAAAUUUUGUUCCGGUUAACUGGUGUAUGCUUGUUGAAUAGUUAAGUUGAGUUUGGACUUUGGAGGGAAGGGAAGUUCAACCUUCCAAAAGUCUGCACCAAGAGGAUGGGAGAAAAGCAACCAAAGCUGAAGGAUACUGUCAAUAGCAUUAGCACAGACAAGCACCAUCCGGACGGAAGCAGCUAUUGCAGCCACGGGUUACCCCCUGAGAAACCUAUCGUUGGGUUAUUAGAGUCUGGUGAAAAGAAAGACCAGUUGUAGUAGGUCUUCGGCUCGCAUGGAUAUUUGCCUGAAGUUUUGUAUUACGCUGAGGUAGGAAUAGAAUUGCGGCGAGUUU